AUGAGAGCAGGAGCGACAACAGCAGCAGCUCCUGCUACAGUUCAGGUUCACGCGCUUUCGGCGGGGUACUUCUCCCUUCCAGAAGAGCAGUUUGUACAUCCAUCGUCCCACGCGGCGCGCAGCACUGUGCCGUCGCUAUGCUUCCUGGUGCAGCACUUUAACCCCGUUACGGGCAACAAUACGCACAUUGUCUUCGACCUGGGCCUGAGGAGGGACAUCAGUCGCUACCCAGAACCCAUCCGCCGACAUGUCGCCACCCGACAGCCCAUGACGACCGAUCCGGACGUGGUCAAGAGUCUGAACCGGGGAGGUUUGACCCCGGACGAUAUUGACUACGUCAUCUACUCACAUGUCCACUGGGAUCACGUUGGCGAGCCGCGAGACUUUCCUCGCAGCACCUUCGUCGUCGGUUAUGGGGCUCUAGACUUGCUUGACGGGAAGACUUCUACCUUGCGAGGCGGCCACUCGUUCUUCGAAGCAGACCUCCUUGACCGCUCUCGGACCAUCGAGCUCCCCGACCCAAACACUAGGAGAUUGAAUGGCAGCGGUGGCAAUAGGCUUCCCACCCCUCCACCCUCUUCCUCCUCCUCUAUCGACUUCUCUAGACCGUGGGAACCCUUUGGCGACCUUCCUUCGGCGCUCGAUAUAUUUCAGGAUGGCAGCCUGUACAUAAUCGAUGCUCCAGGCCACCUCCCGGGCCAUAUCAACCUCCUCGCCCGCACCAGCGACGGCCGGGGAAGUAGUGGCUGGGUUUACCUGGCCGGCGACGCCUGCCACGACCGCCGCAUUAUCCGCAAGGAGAAGGAAAUAGGCGAGUGGCACGACGCCCACGGUCACAUGUGCUGCAUUCACGCCGACCGCGCCAAGGCGGAGGAAACCAUCGAGCAGAUCAGGGGCCUAGAGAGGAAGGGGGUGGAAGUGAUUUUCGCCCAUGAUGUCGAGUGGGAGAGCGAUGUGAAGAAUCGGAAUCGGUUCUUUGGGGCUUUGACAGAAGGCAAUUAG